GGAGGGCCCCCUCCUUGCCGCCAGCUCCCCCUUCCCCCUGCUCCGGCCCUGAGAUCCUUGUCCCUGCUGCCCCCGUUCUCCCACCAUUCCCCAGGAUCCAGGCACAUGGAGCUGCUGUGCGUGGAGGGGGGCCCCCGUGUGCCCAGGGCGGAGCGGGACCCCCAGCUGCUGGGGGACCGGCGGGUGCUGCAGAACCUGCUGAGCCAGGAGGAGCGCUAUAGCCCCCGGGUCUCCUACUUCCAUUGCGUGCAGAAGGAGAUCAAGCCGUUCAUGCGGAAGAUGCUGGCUUUUUGGAUGCUGGAGGUGUGUGAGGAGCAGAAGUGCGAAGAGGAGGUCUUCCCCUUGGCCAUGAACUACGUGGAUCGCUACCUUUCUUCGGUCCCUACUCGAAAAAAUCACUUGCAGCUUCUGGGGGCCGUCUGCAUGCUCCUGGCUUCCAAGCUGCGAGAGACCAUGCCCCUGACUGUGGAGAAACUCUGCAUUUACACAGACAAUUCCAUCACACCACAACAACUCUUGGACUGUGAGGUCCUUGUCCUUGAGAAGCUAAAGUGGGACCUGGUGUCAGUGAUAGCGAACGACUUCUUGGCUCACAUCCUCUAUCGGCUCCCGCUGCCCACAGACAAGGUAGAGCUGGUGAAGAAGCACGCACAGACCUUCAUCGCCUUGUGUGCCACAGAUUACACCUUUGCUAUGUACCCUCCGUCCAUGAUUGCAACGGGCAGCAUUGGCGCAGCGAUUCACGGCCUGUCUGUCUCGGCUAACUCUUUCUCCGGCGAAGCACUCACGGAGCUGCUGGCCAGCAUUACUGGCACAGAGGUGGACUGCCUGAAAGCGUGUCAAGAGCAGAUUGAGGCAGCCUUAGCUGAGAGCCUGAAACAGGCUUCCCAAUCCCAGCAGGAAUACAGCUCCAGGAAGACUCCCGACUACCCGGCCAGCCAGAACGGCAGCAUGACCAGCACGCCUACAGACGUCACAGACGUCAACCUGUGAUGAACCCCCCUUCCCCAUAGUCCCCCAGCCCCAGGAGAACGGGACCUCGCACUGGAGAGGGAGAGGCCUUGUGGAACCUGCUGCCCAUUAAUUCCGUCCGUCUGAAACGCACCGGGGACUCAGUCCACUCACCUGAGGUGGCAAGGACCCAUCAGCUGUCCACCCAACAGCCCAGUAACAUCAGAGGGGAGGUGGGAAGAUAGGCUGUGAUGACCUCGCAAGAGGAGGCUCAAGCAGGUCUAGAUGGGUUGGCA